AUGUUCACUAAGGCUGUCGUUGCCCUGGCCCUCGUGGCCGUUGCUGCAUCUGCUCCUUCUCAGCCAGCUUACGGCUACGCUCCUCAGCCUACAUAUGAGGUUCCUGCCAAGUACGACUUCAAUUACGCAGUAAAGGAUGACUACUCCGGUAACGACUUCGGUCACCAGGAGGCCCGUGAUGGCUACGAUACUCAGGGAUCUUACUACGUCCUCCUUCCCGACGGUCGUCUGCAGAAGGUCGCCUACACUGUUAACGGCGAUUCCGGCUUCGUAGCCGAGGUCAGCUACGAGGGCGAGGCCCAAUACCCCGAGUACAAGCCUGCUCCUGCCUACAAGCCUGCUCCAUCCUACCAUCCCGCACCUGCCUACAAGCCUGCCCCUGCAUACGAACCUGUCCCUACUUACGAGACCACCCCAGCCUACGCCUAA